AGAAUUUGAGCCUCCAAAGAAGCUCCUUUAAAACUCCUGAGCUCGGCUCAGCGUCGUUAGCCUCCACCGCGAUCACCUGAAUCCAGGGCAGGUGCAGCUUGCUCUUAAAGCUGCCCUGAGAAGGGAUUCUGGUGGAUUGCUCAGGUGUGCUGGUGGGCAGAAGAUUGGAGGUUUGCUUGGCAGGUGCUUCGUCGUCUCUGCUCUUUGCUGCAUAAACUGCCCUAGCACUGCUGGAGAAAGAGAGAUGGCGCCCCAGUGGCUGUGGCUGGACCUGCUUGCUGUCUUGGUGGUGGCUGCAGAAAGGGACUCUCUGCUGAACGUGUGCAUGGAUGCCAAGCAUCAUAAACAGGCGCCUGGACGAGAAGACGGCCUGCACGAACAGUGCUCCCCGUGGAAGGACAACGCCUGCUGCACGCUCAACACCAGCCAUGCUGCCCACCAAGACCAGUCUUACCUGUACAACUUCAACUGGAACCACUGCGGCAGCAUGUCAGAGCGGUGCAAGAAGCACUUCAUCCAGGACACCUGCCUGUAUGAAUGCUCGCCCAACCUGGGGCCCUGGAUUAACCAGGCAGACACCUCCUGGCGCCAAGAGAGGAUCCUGAACGUGCCGUUGUGCAAAGAGGACUGUGAGAUGUGGUGGGAAGACUGUAAAGAGGACAUGACCUGCAAGGAGAACUGGCACAAAGGAUGGAACUGGACCACAGGAACGAAUCAGUGUCCCCGUGGGAGUAUGUGCCUGGCCAUGAAGUUCGUUUUUCCUGAGCCAAAAGACCUGUGCGAGAAGAUCUGGACCAACUCCUACCAAUACACCACCUUCCAGAAGGGCAGCGGGCGCUGCAUCCAGAUGUGGUUCAACUCCACGCAAGGCAACCCCAACGUGGCUGUGGCCAAGUACUACUCCAGAGCAAGGAGGGACUUUGCUGCCUGCCUGCCCCUGGCUUUGCUCUUUCCUGUGCUCCUAGUCCUGCAGUGAGCGUAGCAAGAUGUCCUUUGCAAUAGGGUAUCCACCUCCUCCAGUGUGGUACAUGACCCUAUUCAUCACAGGGACAGCAAUUCUUUUCAAGCCUUCCCAGAGACUGAGCACAGCUAAUCUAAAGCUUGAGAAGGAUUCUGCAACCUGCAUUUGCAAAUACUCCGAAUUAUCUUCAGGCUUUUCUACCUUCUGCCUCAUUUUUUCCUGGCAAAGGUUUGCACUGGGCUUUGAUAGGAAGCAGCCCCCUGAUACUUAGGCGAGCCACACUAUGCAAAACUUUUAACAGGACCAAGUGUCUGGGUCCUAAUGCACCUCUUUAGUUGUAGGGGUGAGAAGGAACCAUCUUAAUCUUCAAGGCAAGGUAACAAACAUUUGGGGAUUGGGGCACAGCCACUCCUUGCCGCUGCCAAAGGUGAAACUUUACAACUUGAGAGCUAGAAAGAUAAACUCCGAGGUGCACUUUCUAAAAGGGGAGGGGUGCAAGCGGUGUGUGCGACUCCCCCUCUGUCCCUAGAGACUGCUCUGCUUGCUUGAAUAACUUCUUCAAAGGCCAUAGCUGCGACCUCCCAGGGGACUUCUACUUCCAAAUGUUGCAUAGAUUUAGCUUACAACGCUGCUGCUUUGGGUACAUUAUUUAAAGGACGGGGUUUCUCUUGGCCCAGGAGUGGAAUUCCUGUCCAGUCUUUUAUUUUUUAGCACUGAUCCCUUCAUGAUCCACUUAAUCAAUGGUGAAGGGUUUGUUCUACUCACCCCGCCCUCAAAAAACCUUCCUUGUCUAUCCCCAAGGGCCACGCUGCCUUCCAGUAAGUAGCUGAACCUGUACACUGUACACCAUCACUUUGCUGUAUGUUUGGCUUAAUGAUAUAUUAGCAUUCACCACCAGACUAGUUGUCUUCCUGGCUCGUUUAGAAUUUUUUUAAUAUUCUGGCAAAGGGUAAAAACAGAAGUUGGGUGUGUCGAUCAGGGCUCAGUACACAAGACCUGUAGCAUCCACAGGUUGUUUUUGUCCAAUGCCUGUGUGAUUGGGUGCUUUUGCCACAUAGGCUGUUCUGAAAUUUUAGGUUGAGAAGUCCUGGGGGUAUGUGCUGAUCUCACCAACUCCAGCUUUGCUCACUUUCCACGGCUGCCACUUCUAGCUGUCAGAAGCUGUCUGGAUGCGGCUUUCUCUCUUGGGCAGGUAGGCAACGACACACCUGGCUUCCAGGAUAUCAUGGGGAUGUUCGGUGCUUUUCGUCUUGUGCAAAGCCCAGGUGAAACCAAACUGAACUGUACUGGCUUUGGGAAGGUGAUCAAAAUUCCCUGCUCUACUUCCGCGCUCUUCUUAAUGUCGUAAUCAGCUUCAGUAAUCUGUCUAAGACCUGCAUGCUGGGAUCAGUGGGUGGCCUCAACAUUGCUCUGCAUUUACUGUAUUUGUUCCACCUUCCAGCCCCUGUGUUACUCUGCACAUGCCUCUGGAAAGUGAAAAAAUAAAGUUUGCAUCUUAUUCUAGUCUUUGUGGAAGUUCAA